AUGUUCAAGCCCCUGGAGUCGGAUCCGCCCCUUAUCGACAAAGGCGAUCCAGAGCGUCUCUCACCAGCCGCACUUCGCCUUGCACAUGACCAACCUGAUGAGUUUGUUCUAUAUCUUCGUCGCGUCUGGGACACAAACAGACAGCAAGUCCUUGAUUCGGCCAAGUUGUUGCAUCAAUUGAGGCAGGUCAAGGUCUCUUGUCGCGACCAAUGUCUUCAUCCUCUUUCCGAAGCAUGGGUUCCUACGGAGAACCUCAUCAGUAUUUGGUCAUUACUCCUUUUGCCUGAGGAACGCUUUCGUUUCCUUAUCCUUAAAGACCAGAAACUGAAUCACGCGGAUCGUUCCUCAUGGAACUUCCUCAGGGAGAUCGGUUGCCAAUACGAAGCCGGCGACCAGUUCCUCACUGAUCUUCUGCUUACCAUCAAGAAAACAUGGCCAACAAAUGUCAAAGGUCCGGGACAUGUCCUUGGGGUCUACGCCUACUUCCUUCGUCGCCUGAAUCGUACGCAGCCAUACCCGGAUGGCACCUAUUACAAACUUCUAUCCGACGACAAACUUUGGGACAAUUUCAAUGCUUGCGAACUUCUCCUCCAUAAGGGCGAAUGGAUAAAACCCAGUUCAUGCUUUUUCCAUGCGCCAGAUUAUGUGCGUUCGAAGAGAGUCCUCACGCCAGCAGCUGGAACUGACGCAACCUCCCUUGAACCACUGGCGAUACGUCAUUUCUAUCAACUGGUUCUCUGUAUUCCGAACUUUCCUGACACCUGGGCUGCCAUCAUAGAUGAGCUGAGAGGCAUCCAGCGUGCUACUGGUCAAACAUCCAUUCAACAAGUGACUGAACUUUAUCGUGCUUUGAAUGAGCUUCAGGUAUCGGAACCAGAGAGAGUCACCAUCCGGAAACUAUUCCUACAGCACAGCUUGAUCGCCAUCGAGCAGGGCAGCGUCAUCGUGUGGCAAACUCCUCUCACAUGUAUUUGGUCGCCGCUCAACAGGAUUAGGAACUUGGCCGAGUUGAGUAGACCAUAUCCAUAUCUGAAGGACUUCUUCGUGGGCCUCCUCAAGGUUGAAGAGGCUACGGAGAAAAUCGUCUUGUCACGCAUGUCUUACUGGACACCAGAGUUCGAGAUUCGAGACCUUUUUAGCCUUCUCAAUGGCCUAAUUGCAACGUCCAAAGUAUCGAUGAAACCUGACGAACUCUUGACCCAGAGGAUCUUUCUUGGAAAAUGGAACGGCAAAAAAUACCGCUUUGUUGGUUCCACGGAAGAGUUCUUCAUUCCCGAUGAUGAGGAGUUUACGAACACCUUCAAGGACAAGCUCCCUCUCCUUGAUGUAACCGCGGAAGAGAUCGCGCUUCUAGAUCCGCUGUUCACAUGGCUGGGUUUCAAGGAUCGCUACUUGUCAAAGCACGUCUACCGCAUGUGCUGUUCUCCCCCAACUGCGCAGAAACAGAAGAUUGAAUGGGAUAUAGCGCAGAGGGCGGAAGGCAUUCUUCGAAUCGCCAUGCAUUGUGGUAGCCCCCGAACAACAACAGAUGUGGACAGGGGGACCCUUCUGAACAUCUUGAAGAAGGGCGAAAUGCUUGCGGUCGAAGGCAUGCAGUCUGAGAAAGUGGUGCUUACCCGUCAAAAGGGUUCCAAGUGCCUGGGCAUCGGGCCCAAUCACAAGCAUGGAUUGACGGCUCCGAGCAUCCAUCCUAAGCUCGCUAUUGCCGUGGAUGAAGCAGGAAAUGCCCUCGAUAGACUCGUCUUACACGUCUCAUCUGACAAGGAAGAACGAGAUCUAGCACUCUUUACAUCACUCCCGCGCUGCUUGAUGAAAUGGCUCAUGGCAGAUCCGAAAACUCAAGCAUGGGGAACGGCAACUUUGCUGGGUGUAAGUCUCUUGAAGAGUGUACUGACUGCUCCACCAAACGUCAUUGAUGCCAUACUCACACGUGAGGGAGUUGGACGUGUUCAAGUCGUUGAGGCCAAUCUGACGACGAUGCGUCAAGAGAUUGCUCCUCAGAACACAACAUCAAACGGGCCUGCUGAUCAGCCAUCACAGCCUAGAUCCGAGGACGCACCACCAGCCAACACUCCCGUAAAGACAUCGGAGAAAGCGCUUGCAAAGCAGCCGGCAACCCCGGUCAGAUCCAGCCAACAACCACAAUCAGCUGCAGGCCCCAGCAGCGUAAGGGGAUCACAAGAGACGACACCCCAAGCAGAACAGCUUCAGUCAACCUCAGGGAGACACGCCGAACCCUCAUCCAGUGACAUAAAGACGUCGUCAAAGGACGAGUCAGGUCCUAGCGGGAAUGAGGGCGUAUACAAACCCCGAUACGCGUCUAUAAGCCAGAGGCCCAAACUCAAACCCAGAUUACGAAAGCGGCCUGGCUCACCAUCAUCCAGCCCACCAGCGACUUCGCCCUCGAGUCAACUCCCAGAUGAUGUAAUUCGUGGAAUAGAGAGACUGAGGAUUGCAGACACAUCUGAGGUGACUCUUCAGUCACCCAAACUUAUUCCGGUGGCGUAG